UCUGCGCUUUUUAGCGCAGCCCCACCCGCACCCAUCGCAGCCGGGGGUUGCACCUGGCCGAAGCGAACUUCGCUGGGGGUCUCGGUCUCGCCUGCCUCCUGGCCGGGGCAGCCACGAGGAGGGGGACUCCGGCGCCCGCCCAGCCGGGUCGGAGGGGCAGGAUGGCGGCGUCGACCCGCUGGGUGCUGUGCCUGUGCCUGGGCUGGGGCUGCCUGUGCCUGGCGCUGGGGGACGUGCUGAAGGCGCGCCGGGUCGGGCUGCGGCGGCGAGCGGCGCCGGGAGGAGUGCGGGGCGGCCGGGCGAGAGCCGCGGCAGGUGACUACGGCUUGGGGCAGCGGCAGGAGGAGCGGCGGCGGCCGGAGCGGCUGCAGCCGGGGGACAAGGUCUCGGAGCACAUGCUGCGGCUCUACGACCAGUACAGCGGCGGUCGCGGGGGGCGGGCGGCGGCGGCGCCGCGGCCCCACGACCCGCCGGGGCUGCCCGCGCCGCACCCGCGGCAGGGCAACACGGUGCGCGGAUUCCGCCCGCUGGCAGCAGGGAGCCCUGAAAGCCAGGAGAUGUACGUUUUUAACUUGACGUCACUCACAGAGUCUGAAAACGUCUUGUCAGCUUCGGUGCAUUAUUAUAUUGGGGAUCUGCUGCAUGCUAAGUGGAACUGUUCCCAAUCCAGAGGCUGUUCUCGUCACGGGCAGGGGAAACCUGAAAUUCAGAUACAGCUUUCAGUUUGGGCCUUCCCUUUUGUUGGGAACCAGACUCGGAGCCUGGGACAUUUCCUAAUAAAUGUCUCCACUGCUUACCAGGAUGUCCUUUCCUGGCAGCGGAAGGAUAUCACUCAGCUCCUGCACGAGGCAAAACAAAACAACGAACUCCUGAUCAGUGUCAAAAUGGAUCUGACCAGCCAUCGCUCCUGGAAGAGGGCACCUUCUCGCUAUGAACCCUACAUUCUGAUUUAUGCCAAUGAUUCUGCUAUUUCAGAGCCAGAGAGCGUUGUCUUUAGUUUGCAAGGGCACCGUCAUCCUCUGGCAAGGGUCUUUCCCAGGCCAGAAAACCACGUGAGGAGCAGUCUCGGGAAGCGGCGGCGAAAACGCUCUGCAAAUAUCCUGUUGCCAUUGCAGAAUAAUGAGCUUCCGGGAGCCGAGUACCAGUACGAUGAGGAUGAGAGAUGGGAAGACAGAAAACCGUACAAAACCUUCCAGCCACAGUUAGCAGAGAGGGCAAAGAGUAAGAAAAAGCAGAGGAAGAAUCAUCACCAGAAGAGCCAGACUCUCCAGUUCGAUGAGCAAACGCUGAAGAAGGCGAGGAGGAAGCAGUGGAACGAGCCAAGGUAUUGCGCCCGGCGCUAUCUCAAGGUGGAUUUUGCAGACAUUGGCUGGAGCGAGUGGAUUAUUUCUCCUAAAUCCUUCGACGCCUAUUACUGCUCAGGGGAAUGCCAAUUCCCAAUUCCAAAGAGGGAUGACCUGUCUCGCCUGGGAAGCAAGAGAAUGUCCCAGUCUCUGAUGCUUUUGCCAAUUUUCUCUUUAACUUGUGGUAAGCCGUUUCAACUUGGAUGUGCACCUCUUCAGCCUUACCUGGUACUGGGUGUAGUUAUUGUCAGCACUGGGGGAAGGUGAAGGGUGAAACUUGGCAGACUAUUGACCUGUUUACUCCUCUAUACAAAAGGAUGUGUUUUUGCAAGUUUGUGACAAAUGAAUUGUGAAGUUGACUGAGGUUUUGGGAUUACACCCCAAAGGAGGCUCUAGCCAAUGCACACAUGGGCAAAGCAUUAGCCCUGGGCAACUUGAUUCCUACCCCCCAAAAAAACCCUACCGACCAACACCACCCACUAAGCUGCUUUUUUUUGUGCAGGACAAUAAUUUGGAGUACUUUACCCCGAGUUUGGUAUGUGAUAGUUAGAACCACUUACAGCAAAGUUUUGUCUCCAGCUCCUGACAAAAGUGCCUCCACUUGCCCCUGGCUUUUCUGCAACUGAAUUCUGCCAGCUCCUGGGUGGAGCACAGAGUUGACUGCACAGGGUGGCAUCCUCCUGUGAAGACUGGAGGUGGAGGAAGGGCUCUUUCUCAACCUUUCUGCAGCUCAGUGCCCAGCUGUGUCUUUCCAGUUCAUGGUUUAGGUGGGCCUGGCAGUGAUGGGGUGGUGGGGAAGAGGAGGCUGGCUGCACCACUCUCUCUUUGGAGGGCUCACUGGUGAGCUAAACACAGCUGCUCCUGUACAACAGCUUGUGUAUGAAGUGGUGGUGUUCUUUGUUUACCAGUCAGUGAAGACUUUGGUAGAGAUUUUAUUUGUGUGCCUUUUGGCUGAGGGCAACGACUCCACUAAUGAGAGGGGGCUGAGGGUUUUUGAAUGCAGGGGAGAGUCAACAGAGGCUAUUCCAUUGUUUUUCUUGAGCUGGGGUUAGUUUUGCCUUAUUUUCUGUCACUAUUCCUAUUCCCCUGUCACUGCUAUAAUUUGUUCCCAACUGUACCUGCCAGAAGGCCCUGUGCUCUCCCCAAGGUGUUUAUACUGUACCUGCACAUGAGAAUUUGAUGAGGAGUUGUUGGAGUGACCAGAAGUGCUAGUAGGUCAAAGCUGCAGUGAUAAAAAUAAUUGUUCAGAGACCUUGUGUCUCAGGCCACGCAUAAGCAGUGUAAUUGACUGCAUGGACUACCAGUUGUGGGUAGCAGCUGUCUCAGCUACUUCCCUGACAGGGGGUGGGGGGAAUUUAUUAAUGAGGGAUUUUACUUGGGUUAAAGCUUCUGCCUUUGUCGGACACCUGCAACAUGCAUCUGUGAGACGCUUAGUGCCCUGUGCUGCUUUUCAAAGCACAGUAGAGCUGAGAGCACUACUGAAUUGGCCUGGGUUUGCUGAACAGCGUGGCUGAAAAAUAAAGCAAAACCAAGAAAAGCAAGAAGUUCGUGCCAGCUCUGAUGAAAAUCUACGUGUAUAUUUUUCUGCAGGUUGCUGUGUUGUACUAUGUGCCGGUCUGUCCUGCUCCCACUUAAGUAAGGCACUUGUUAUGUGAAGUAUCAUUUUAGAAGCUGUAUAUUAGUGCUAACACUAUGAAGUGAAAAGCAUAGAUAGUCUUAGGUCUUUUUAGAUGCUGGGAACCUGAACAGGUGUGGCAUCCAAUGGGCCUCUGAUUGAUGUGCAGCAUGCCAUGCAGACCCCAGCCAUAGAAAAGGAUCCCCCAUUUUGGUCUUGUGAGCUAUUAUUGGAUUUUUCUUACAAGGCAACAACUCUGUUCCUUCUCUCUGUUGUCAAACAGGAAGGUCAUUUGUGUGAGAGCUGGUUCCUGCACUGUUUAAUUAAGGCAAGGCUAUGCAGGUGGUGUAAUCCUUGGUACUGAGGUGGAGCUGCCUGCGGCAUCUUGUGCUGCUAUGAGCUGAUUCAGUGUAUCCUGUGGCCAAGGGUUGUGCGCAACUCAGCAUGGCCCUGAAAGCCAGGCCGUACGUGCGGCGCAGCCCAGACCUGUGACUACUCUGGGGAACUGUUCUGUGGAUCGCCGACUCCUCGAAGGACAGCAGUUUUCUGGUCAGGGUCACUCCAAUGACUUCAGCAGGUUGCAUUGUUUCCUUAUGUGUCCUUAAGAGCGACGCAAUUUGUUUGAGCCAAUUUUUGCCCUUGUAAAUUUACUGUUUAACCAUUGCUUGUGGGUUUUGCUGCACAGCUGCGCUAUGAGUGCUGUGGUGAUGUGGGGAUGGUGGAGAUGGACCAAUUGGCUUUUCUGACUUGCCCUCAGGCGUGGGGAGCAUCUUGCCUCUGGUAGAUCUGCAUGGUGGUGGCACUGUUGUGCUGCUUCUGAGGGUAAGGAGAGGGUUUGACAGAAGGGGAUAUCUGUACUAAAAGCAAUCAAGGUCACAGAGGAGACGUGUACAAAACAGGACCAACUGGUGUCGCUUCUGUGUGUUUUCCAGGUUUUCCCAAGAAGCGUUAGCAGCCUUGUAACUGCUGACAGUGAGUCCUGAGGUGUUUUUGGUGAGUUACUGCUUCGAUAAUGUCUUUUUCCCUUAACCUAUAGUGUGUAAUUUUGACUUCAGCUGGAAAGAGGUUUUCCGAAAUGGAAGUCUUUCUCACUCAAAGAAAUUUUGUUUUAUGAACUUCCCAUCAGAGUGGAUCUUCAGAGGUGAUUGACUUGACAGUAGAAGUUAUAGGCAACAAGACUUCUCACUCUCUUUUAAAAAAAACAACCAAACCAAAGUCAGUUUCCUUCCAAAGACCCAAGCACAGAGCACAUCUUCCUAAAGUUGAUGGCAUUGCAGGUCUUUGGGUUCUCAGUUGUAACAGUUGAGAUAUCACAAACACACGUUACUCUGCAUGCUUUACUACAGCCAAAAGCAUUAGGAAAUACGCCCGUCCUUUUUGGUAGUCUGAGGUAUUGCAGCACUGGGGAUUUUUUUUGUUUUCUAAAAGUAAAACCAUAUGAAGGAUCUCCUAUCUCACUGAUUUUUCUAUCAUAAAUGAAGCUUAAAAAAAAAAAAAGUUAAAAUUGUAUAAUUUACAAACUGACUUGCAUUGUUUAAACUGUAACUGCCAAAUAGCUGUAGCAUAUAAUUUAUUAGGUUUAACUAAGCAGUUGGGUAUUUUUCUAAAUGUUUAAGAAGAGAGGCAACGGAAUGGUAUGGGGUUGUUUUCCUGAUGCUGUGACAGAGUGCUCUGAAGUAUUUUAUUUCUGUCUGGCUUUCCAUGGUGCUUUUCCCUGGCAGUUCAGUAGCAUCUCUGUUGGGCAGCGCAGCUGGCUAGGUGUCUGUCCUCAUUGUGUAACACUCACAACUCCCCCCCCACGCCCCCCAUGUCAAAUUGUAACUGUGGAUUUUGUAGAUAACAAUUUAAUGGUAUCAAUUCACAGCUAUGCAAGUUAAGUUACUGCAAAGGAAAAUCAAGUUCUUUGAUAGUAUAAGUACUUUUAUUGCAUGUAUAUAGCCAUUUGCAGACUUCUUAGUAUAAAGUUAAUUACUGAGAUAUAUUCUUUAUUUUUGAUUUUGCUCUUUGAAGUUUUCCAGUUCACUUUCAGCUGUAUUGACCAAGCAAGCAAGAUGCACGGCAGCAGCAGCAGCGCAAGGGCUGUAGCUGUUGCGGUGGAUCCGUAAGCGUAGAUUCUGAUUGCGUACGACCUCGUCCCGCAGCCUCCCAGGGUUAUCUCCCUGCAGCAGUGCUGUAAGGAAGGGAGGAGACGUUUUCCAACACCGGCGAGAGUGUUUACUUGUAUGCUAAGAAGGUGUUCAAAAUGGUAUCGAUUAGCCUAAAUGCUGAU